ACGUUGCCCUUGUUCCCCACUGAAGUAAACAGGAUACUCACUUUUAUGCCAAUUACUUCUUUGUUUUUUCUUAUAAUUUUACCACAUCUGGUUAUCUUUGCCCGACUAUAUGCAGUUGCUAUGAGCCGGAAUUAACUCAGUGGCAGUGGGUUUGGUUUUGGUUUUAUAUAUGAUAAAGAGUCACUUUGUGGGUAUUAUUUUGAGAAUUGUUAUAGUUACAAAUUAUGUUUGUAAGAUUGAUGCAGAUUGUUAUACGUGGUAAUAGUUAUUCAUUUUUAUCUCCUAUAUAAUAUUCCGGAGCACUGGUAACACAGUGUUUAAGAGUUAUGGCUGCUAACCAAAAGGUUGGUGGUUUGAAUCCACCAGCCCCUUCUAGGAAACCCUAUGGGGCAAUUCUACUCUGUCCUAUAGGGUUUCUAUGAAUUGGAAUUGACUUGAUGGCAAUAGAUUUGGUUUUUUUGGCUUACAUAAUAUUCCACUGUAAAUACACCGUAAUUUAUUAGUUUUCUUGUUCAUGAGGAACUGGGCCAUUUCCAAUUUUGGUUGUUAUGGACAAAACUGCUCUUAAUAUUUGCGUGGCACAUGUAUCCUGAUACACAUGUAAAUAAGUUUUUUUUUUUAAGAUAUAUUCUCAGGAGUGGAAUACUGUGUAUCCAUACAUUCAGCUUUACUAGAUAAUGCCAGAUCGUUUUACAAAGUGGUUGAACCUAUGCACACUUUCACCAGGGGUAUAUGAAAGGUCCCAGUUCUUCACAUUCUAGUCAAACCUUGUCUGGUCUUUUAUUUUAUUUUCCCAAUCUGCUGGAAGUUAUACUAAUUUUCCUACCCAUUUAUCAUUCAUAGAUACAUAUAUUCAGAGAUAGGAGCUCUAUAGUGUCAUGGUUAAAAGCCUGUAUUUUGAGAUUAGGCAGACUCGAAUUGAGGCCUGACAUUGGCACUUAGUAGCUAUUAAGUUUGGGCCUCGAUUUAUUUGUAAAUGAAAACAUUAGACUAAAUCCAAUAGUGUAUCUUGCAUUAAGCACAGUUCCUGGCAUAUGUAGUAGUAACUAACCAUAUUUUAAGAAAACAGGCUUACUAACGAAUAGUAGCAACUUUUGUGCACCGUAAGUACAUGAAGUAUUUGAGUCUCGAGUUGCCAGCACGGCGAUGGGAAUCUCAACAGUUUGCUGGACAAACCACAUCUAGAGCAAUUAAGGUGCUUCCUUUGUAUCUUCUAUGUAGCUUUAAUUUUUACUAAAAUACAACUCUAUUUCUGUUUCUUUCUUUUCUUGUGUUUGAAUAUAGCCUCACAUGUGAAUAAACUAUUAUGUAAGUGUUGACACUUGGAAGAAGACAAUUGCUGGCACUGUCCUAGAUUGUUCAGGACAGAGGUUUGACUCGGGAACAGGACGAGUCUGUCUAGUAUAUAUGUCUAAUACAAUUUUUAGAGCCAGGGAGACAUUAUUGAAAAUAACGUUUUUAUGUUUUUUUUUUUUUCUUUAAUCCAUUGAUUAAGUAUUUAUCGAUUGUGGUAUGGAAGUACUCUCUAAAUUCUAAAGCUAUUCAUUUCAUUUAUGAUUAGGUGGGUAGCAGUAGUAACAAUAAUAACCAUAAUAAUCUCGUCAUCUAAACAAUCUCCACGCCUCCUCUUGAAAUGGUCAUGUUUUCCCCAAAUAUUUGUGGAAAAGGGUGUUUGGCUCAUAUCCAUCUGAGUCAAUCCUGUGCUGAAGACAUUUUUUACUUUUCAUCAUUCACUGUUCAUUGGCCAUUGUUCACACCAUCCCUGGCCACGCUCUGGGACUCCUGGGGUAUUUUCUCUUUCACUCAGAAGCUGCCGUGCUUACAAAAGCUACAGUAUGGGGCUGAAUAUGGGGCAAAAUUUUCAUUUUCCAUCCCUUUAUUUCUCAUUAUGCUACUAAACAAGGCUGUAGACUAUCAAGAGCUCCUGAAGGUUUGGAGAGAAGGAGAACAUUGCAUUGCAAAAAUGCCCACUUUCUAGAAUUUAGUAUUUCUCAGCAGUCUUAAAAAAAUCUUUCGGCCACCCUGGCCUUGGGAAUUUCUCACUGCUCAUAUUUCUUUCCUGUUAUUCUUCUCUCUUCUGCUUCCUCUUUCAUCUCUUUGCUCCCUGCCUUCAAAUUGUAAUUCGUUUCUUAUCAGUACGCUUUAACCGCACCUGAAGAAUUAUUCAGGCCUCACUCUCUGACCCCCAUCUGACUUAUCAUGACGUUUUCCUCAAAGGAGACUGAUUCCAUUCCUAUGAGGAACUGAGGCCACCUUCAAACUUAGGCUUGACCACUUAUGUUGUAGAUAGAAAAGAAACAGUAGAUAAAUGAAAUAUAAAGGCAAGCCGAAUUUUCUUCUCAGAGGUAAUUCUGCUUCCUGUAGGGCAAUAUCUUUCUUAUUCAACAUUUUAUUAUAAAAAAAAUUUCAGAUACACAGCAAAAUUGAAGGGCAUUACGUUUUAUCUACUCUAGCCAUUUUUUGUUGUCACAUGAUCUUGAAAUAAUACAUUUUAUAAACCCGGAACAUUUUAUACAUGAUUUAAAACAUUUAAAUGCUAUUUAUAGGUUGCUUUCAUUACCCUUAGAAACCACAUUUGUUGAAGUUUUUCAUUAGUCAUUGUUUAUAAAUCCUAUGUACUAUCGAUUUUUUGUUCAUUUGUUCAUUCAUUCAUUCAUGAAAGCUUUACUGAAUUUGAACUAUGUUCCAGGUGUACUUCCAGGUGCUAGGUUGACAAAGUUUAACAAGUAGGGCCCCUGCUCUGGGGUCCCUCAGUAUACCACAGAAGGGAAACAGGUAAACAAAUAGAUGAUUACAGCAACUAAGGGCCAUGAUAAUGUAUCCCUAGCCAUAUGGUUUACAUGUUGUCUUAGUCAUCUAGUGCUGCUAUAUAACAGAAAUACCACAAGUGGAUGGCUUCAACAAACAUGUAAGUUUAUUUUUCCACAGUCUAGUAGGCCAGAAGGCCAAAUUCAGGGCAUCAGCUCCAGGGGAAGGCUUUCUUUCUCUGUCGGCUUUGGAGGAAGGUCCUUGUCAUCAUUCUUUUCCUGGGCUAGGAGCUUCUCAGUAGAGGGACCCCGGGUCCAAAGGGUAUGCUGUUCUCCCGGCUCUUAUUUCUUGGUAUAAUCAGCUCCCCUGUCUCUCUGCUCACUUCUCUCUUUUAUAUCUCAAAAGAGAUUGGCUCAAGACACAACCUAAUCUUAUAGAUUGAGUCCUGCCUCAUUAACAUAACUGCCUCUAAUCCCACCUCAUCAACAUCAUAGAGGUAGAAUUUACAACACAUAGGAAGAUCGCAUCAGAUGACAAAAUGGUGAACAAUCACCCGAUAUUGGGAAUCGUGGCCUAGCCAAAUAGAAACACAUGUUUUUGAGGGACACAAUUCAAUCUGUGACACAUGUGAUGCUUUGUUUUAAUUUUAAACUUAAAUAUUUGUUGACUUGAAAUUAGAUUCCACGUAAAGAUCAUACUCGCCUUCUAUCAGUAAACUAGGAUUUACCUAUAGUCUCUCCUAGUUUUUAUUGGGACUGAUGCGGUACCGUUGUAGAACAGAUGACUGAGAUUAAGGAUUAAAUCUCAUUAGGCCACAUGGAAUUGACUUUAAGAAGGUGGCCUCGAUGACAGUCAGCUACUUAGUGUAGUACUUAUUCAUUUUGACCUACUAAUCCCAGCAGACUUUGCUCUUCCACCCAUGUAAUGAGAUUCUAAAAUUCUUCUUCUGUCCAUCGUUGCUACGUGGCUGCUAUUUCUUUUUUCUUCCUACCCUCCAGCCCCCCUGGGCAAUGAAAGCAUCUUUUGAGAAUAUCCUUGUGAACAAUCUUAAAAUACCUCAAUGUGUUUUCAUGUUCAGUCUCACAUAAUAUAAAAACAUCAAUGAUGCCUGAGAAAAGACUAGGCAAAGUAUACUUGGGUAUAUAGUGGCAAAUGCUUUUGAAAUUAUUUUACUUUCUUUCCUUUCAAAAUUACAGAACAAAAAACAAAUACAAACAACUCACUCUUCAUGUACCUUUUGAAGCAUUCAUUUGCCAACAAAACAAUCUCUGAUCAAGAUUAUUAUUAUUCUAAAACUGAAAUGUUAUGCUUCAGUGCAAUAUCUAUCACUGAUUUCCACACUUUUCUGGGCACCUUGGGGGAAAUGGAUAAAAUACACUCAGUGAGUCUACAAACCACCUUGUUAGAGAAUAAACUAUUUCUAUCGAAAUCUGAUUCCAAAUCUUCCCCUGGCCUCUAUCUCUCUCUGUUUCUCUCAUACACACCCACCUUUUUCUUAACCCACAUUUUAAGUGUAGGUAUUUUUGUUUUGUUGGAUUCUAUUUUUAGCUUUUGGGGGGGCACAAAAUUUAAAGUAUUGCAUUAAAUGAGAUAUCACAUUAUAUAGAGGCAAAAUUAUUUGUUUGCACUAAAUGUACUGCCUUUCUGCCACCAGCCUAUGAACUCUUCAAAGGCAGGAACUGUGUCAUAUUUUUUAUCUUCGCUUUUCACCCUAAGCACAGCACAUGGCACAUAGUGGGCACACAGUGCAUGUUUCAUGAAUGCACAAAGCCCAGAGCAAGGGUAAAUUUUUUUUCUGGUAGAAUAAAUCAUUAGUCUUCAGAAUAAUUCAAAGUUAAAACCAAUGGUAUAAAAUGACAUGAUGGCAUUAUUCAGCGUCUCUUAUAAAUCACUCGUAAUUGAAUCCUUGCUUUCUUUCAUUCCUGUCUCAGGCUGGAGAAACAAGAAAUGUUUUAUUUUAUUAUUUAUUUAUUUAAGAAAUUAUUUUCAUUAUUAUUGGGUAUUUGAUGCUUAAAAUAAGCAACCUUCAAUAACAAGGUAGGGUUUUGUUGUUGUUUUUAAAACAGGCUGCUCGGGAGAAUAAUCUACGAAAGCUAUGUAUAAUGCUUGUCAAACCAAAAAGAAAAAAAAACAAUCCCAGGCAACUGUAGAGGACAGAGUAGAACUGUCCCAUAGAGUUUCCAAGGAGAGCCUGGCGGAUUCGAACUGCCGACCCUUUGGUUAGCAGCCAUAGCACUUAACCACUACGCCACCAGGGUUUCCAUAAUGCAAUGAGAGUAGGUUUUAUAAAUUGGUAGCCUUACUGAUUACACGUUAUCUUCCACUUCAAAAAGGAAGGAAGUUCAAUAGGUGAUGUAAAGUUUUAUUUUUUCCUUUUUUUCAUUAUUGUACUUUACAGAAGGUUUACAGAACAAACUAGCUCUGUAUUAAACAAUUAGUACACAUAUUGUUUUGUGACAUUGGUUAUUAACCCCACGGCAUGUCAAUGCUUUCCCCUUGUCCCCCUUGGGUUCCCAAUCACCAGCCUUCCUGUCCGCUCCUGCCUUCUAGUCCGUGCCCCUGGGCUGGUGGGCCGCUUUAGUCAUGUUUUGUUUUAUGGGCCUGUCUAAUCUUUGGCUGAAGGGUGAACCCCAGGAGUGACUUCAAUACUGAGAUAAAGUGUGCCGGGGGGCCAUAUUCUUGGAGUUUCUCCAGUCACUGUCAGACCAGUAAGUCUGGUCUUCUUUUUGUAAGUUAGAAUUUUGUGCUACAUUUUUCUGGAGCUGUGUCCAGGACCCUGUAUUGUGAUCUCUGUCAGAGCAGUCAGUGGUGGUAGCCGGACACCAUCUAGUUGUACUGGACUGAGUCUGGUGGAGGCUGUGGUAGAUGAUGUGGUCCACUAGUCCUUUGGACAAAUCUUUCCCUUGUGUCUUUGGUUUUCUUCAUUCUCCCUUGCUCCAGGUUGGGAAGGGGGGAUGUUUACAAGACCAUGAUCCCCACAGCCCUCAGCCCACUAGUUUGGUCCCUCGGGGAGUAUGGAUGUGUCUAUAGAGCUUUCCUGAACUUGCCUGGAACAAGUUGUGCUGGCUUCCCCAGUAUUGUUUACUCUCUUACCCUUCACCAAAGUUAUCGCUUAUCUAUUGUUUAUUUAGUGUUUUUCCAUCCUUACCCCACCCCUCCCUGGUAACCAUCAAAGAUUGUUUCUUUUUGUGUGUAAACCUUUUCAUGAGUUUUUAUAGUAAUGCUAUCAUAUAGUAUUUGUCCUUUUGUGAUUGACUUAUUUCACUCAGCAUAAUGCCCUCCAGAUUCAUUCAUGUUACGAGAUGCUUCACAGAUUCGUCGUUGUCCUUUUUUGUUGUGUAAUACUCCAUUGUGUGUAUGUAUCACAGUUUGAUUAUCCAUUCAUCUGUUGAUGGGCAUCCAGGUUGUUUCAUCUUUUUACUAUUGUGAGCAAUGCUGCAAUGAACCUGGGUGUGCGUAUGUCUAUUUGUGUGACGACUCUUAUUUCUCUAGGAUAUAUUCCCAGGAGUGGGAUUGCUGGAUCGUAUGGUUUUUUCUAUUUCUAGCUUUCUAAGGAAGAGCCAUAUCGUUUUCCAAAGUGGUUGUAUCAUUUUGCAUUCCCACCAGCAGUGCAUAAGAGUUCCGAUCUCCCUGCAGUCUCUCCAACAUUUGUUAUUUCCUGUUUUUUUGAUUCCUGCCAGUAAUGCCUGGGUGAGACAGUAUCUCAUUGUGGUUUUGAUUUGCAUUUCUUUAAUGGCUAGUGAUCAGGAGUAUUUCCUCAUGUGUCUGUUGGCCACUUGAAUGUCUUCUUUGGUGAAGUGUCUGUUCAUUUCCUUUGGCCAUUUUUCAAUUGGAUUAUUUGUCUUUUUGUUGUAGAGGGGCUGGGUUUUCCUGUAGCUUUUAGAGAUUAGACCUUGUCUGAUUUGUCAUAGCCAAAAACUUUUUCCCAGUUUGUGGGUUUUCUUUUUACUCUUUUGGUGAAGUCUUUUGAUGAGCAUAAUUGUUUAAUUUUUAGAACAUCCCAGUUAUCUAGCUCAUCUUCUGGAGUUAGUGUGUUGUUAGUUAUGGUUUGUGUCCUGUUAAUGGCAUAUGUUAGGGCCUCUGGCAUUGAUCUUAUUUUUUCUUCUAUAACCUAUACAGUUUUGUUUUAUAUUUAGGUCUGUGAUCCAUUUUGAAUGUUUUUGUGCGUGGUGUGAGGUAUGAGUUCUGUUUCAUUUUUUUGCACAUGAACAUCCAGUUUUGUCAGCACUAUUUGUUAAAAAAGCUGUCUUUUUCCCAUUUGAUGGAAUUCGGGCCCUCGUCAAAGAUCAGGUGACCGUAGGUGGAUGGAUUUAAAUCUGUGUUCUCAACUCUGUUCCAUUAGUCAAUGUAUCUGUUGUUGUACCCGUACCAGGCUGUUUUGACUACUAUAGCUGCAUAGUAGGUUCUGAUGUCAGGUAGUGCCAGUCCUCCUACUUUAUUCUUCUUCUUCAAUAGUGCUUUAGUUACUUUCCAUAAAAAGUUAAUGAUUAGUUUUCCCAUCUCUUUAUCCUGUUGAUAUUUGUAUCAGGAUUGCAUUGUACUUGUAGAUUGCUUUGGGUAGAUUUGUCAUUUUCACAAUGUUGAGCCUACCUCUCCGUGAGCAUGGUAUGUUUUUCCAUUUAUGUAGAUCUUUUUUAGUUUCUUGCAGUAGUGCUUUGUAGUUUUCUUUAUAUAGGUCUUUUACUUCCCUGGUUAGAUUUAUUCCUAAGUAUUUUAUUUUUUUAGGUGCCCUUAUAAAUUUUUUUCUUAUAAAUGGUGUUGUUUUCCUGAUUUCCUUUUUGUUGUUUUCUUUAUUGGUGUAUAGGAGUCCACCUGAUUUUUGUAUGUUUAUCUUGAAUCCUGCCACUCUGCUGAGUCUAUUAGCUCCAGUAGUUUUCUCAUAGAGUCUUUUGGAUUUUUCUAUGUAUAGUAUCAUAUCAGCUGCAAAUAGGGACAGUUUUACUCCUUCAUUUUUACCAACUUGGAUGCCCUUUAUUUCUUUUUUUGCUUUAUUUCUCUAGCUGGGACUCUGAGAACAAUGUUAAAUAGAAGUGGUGAUAAAGGGCAUCCUUGUCUUGUUCCUGUCUCAAGGAGAAGGUUUUCAGUCUCUCUCCAUUAAGAAUGAUGUUGGCUGUUGGUUUUGUAUAGUUGCCCUUUAUUAUGUUGAGGAAUUUCCCUUCUAUACCUAUUUUAUUGAGAGUUUUUAUCAGGAAUGGGUGUUGGACUUUGUUGAAUGCCUUUUCUGGGUUGAUUGAGAUGAUCAUGUGUUUCUUUUCUUUUUUUAUUCAUGUGGUGGAUUACGUUGAUUGAUUUUCUAAUGUUGGACCAUCCUUGCAUUCCUGGUAUGAAUCCUACUUGGCUGUGGUGUAUUAUUUUUUGAAUAUGAUGCUGAAUUCUGUUGGCUAGAAUUUUGUUGAAAUUUUUGCAUCUAUAUUCAUGAGAGAUGUUAGUCUGUGAUUUUCUUUUUUUAUGGUGUCCUUUGCCUGGUUUUGGUAUCAGGGUUAUGCUGGCUUCAUACAAUGAAUUUGGAAGUAUCCCUUCCAUUUCUGUGUUCUGAAAUUUUUUGAGUAGUAUUGGUCUUCUCUGAAUGUUUGUUAGAAUUUUACAGUGAAGCCACCUGGACCAGUGCUUUUUGUUGUUGUUGCUGUUGGCAGUUUUUUUUUCAAUCUCCUCUCUUUUUAUGGGUCUUUUCAGAUUUUCAUCAUCAUUUUGUGGUAGUUUGAGUAGGGACUGUGUUUCUAGAAAUUUGUCCAUUUUCUCUAGGUUUUCAAAUUUGUUGGAGUAUGCUUUUACGUAGUACUCUAUUAUAAUCUUUUUAUUUCAGUUGAGUCUGUUGUAAUGUUCCCUAUUUCAUUUCUUAUUUCAGUUAUUUGCAUCCUCUUGAGUUUUUGUUUUGUCCGUUUGGCCAGUGGUUUGUCAUUUUGUUGAUCCUUUCAAAGAACCAACUUUUGAUUCUUCCUAUUGUUUUUCUGUUCUCUAUUUCACUUAUUUCUGCUCUGAUGUUUACUAUCUCCUUUCUUCUGGUGUCUGUGGGCUUCCUUUGCUGUUCUCUAUUUGUUCGAGUUGUGUAGCUAAUGUUUUGAUCCCCCCCCUUUUUUUUUUGAUGUGUGUGUCUGUUGCUAUAAAUUGACCUCUGAGAAAUGCCUUUAUUGUGUCCCAACGGUUUUGGUAUGAUGUGUUUUCAUUGUCAUUUGAUUCUAGGAAUUUUUUUAUUCCAUCUUUGAUUUAUUCUAUUACCCAGUGGUUUUUAAGCAGAGUUUUUUUUUGGUUUUCAUGUAAUUGAUUUUUUUUCCUUACUCUUCCUCUUGUUUAUUUCAUCUUUGAUGGAGUUGUCAUCAGAGAAGACACUUUGUAUUAUCUCAAUGUUUUGUAUUUUGCUGAGGGUUGCUUUGUGGCCUAAGAUGUAGUCUAUUCUGGAGAAUGGUCCAUGUGCAUUGGAAAAGAAUGUGUACUUUGCAACUGUUGAGUGGAGUGUUCUAUAGAUGUCUAUGAGGUCAAGGUGGUUGAUUGUGACCUUUAGAUUUUUGUUGAGUUUCACUGUAGAUGUCUUGUCUUUUACUGAGAAUGGUGUGUUCAAGUCUCUUACUAUUAUUGUGGAACUGUCAAUUUCUGUUUUCAGUGCUGUUAGAGUUUAUUUUAUGUAUUUUGAAGCCCUGUCAUUGGGUGUAUAGAUAUUUAUUAUGGUUAUGUCUUCAUGAUGGAUUGUCCCUUUAAUCAUUAUAUAAUGCCCUUCCUUGUCUUUUAUGGUGGAUUUUGUUUUAAAGUGUGUUUUGUCUGACUUUGUGACUCCUGCGGUUUUUUGGUAGUUGUUUGCUUGAUAUAUAUUUUCCAUCCUUUGAUUUUUAAUAAAUUUACAUCUUUGUUUCUAAGAUGUGUCUCUUGUAGAUGGCAUAAUGAUGGAUCCUGUUUUUUUUUUAAUCCAUUCUGUGACUCUCUGGCUCUUUAUGUGUACAUUUAGGAUAUUUACGUUCGGUUUAAUUAUUGAUAGAUGUGAGUUUAUUGCUGUCAUUUUGCGGUGAUGACAUUUUCUUUGUUCCUCUUCAUCUCCUGUGCCGAAUUCCUUUUGUUUGUGGAUUUUUUUUUGUCAUUUCUUGUGUUUUUGUAGAUUUUGUGUUUACUGAGACUUUAUGUUUUUCUUUAUUUUGAUGAGUAUGUUUGUUAACUUUCUUUGUGAUUACCUUGAAAUUUACCCUUGUCUUCCUAAGUUUGAAUCAGUGUUUUAUUACUUGGUAUUGCCUUGCCUUCUUCUCCAUUUGAAAGUUCUAUACCUACAGUAUUUAUUACCUCUUUUAUUAUACUGAUGUUGUUGUCAUUUACAGAUUAAUCUUUCUGAUGCCCUGUUGCAAAUCUUUUACUUUUGAUUAAUUCUUGAGAGUUUAUUAUCUAGGUUGGUAUCUGGCUGAUGUGGUCUUGUGUCCUGGAUUCAGACUGUCAUCUGAUGUUGUUUUUUCUCAAACCAUAGGACUCCCUUUAAUAAUUCUUGUAAAUUUGGUUUUGUUUUUACAUAUCCCCUUAAUUUCUGUUUAUCUGAAAACGUCCUAAUUUCACCAUCAUAUUUGAGUGGGAGUUUUGCAGGAUAUAUUAUUCUUGGUUGGCAAUUUUUUUUCUUUCAAGGUUUUAUAUGUCAUCCCAUUGCUUUCUUGUGUGCAUGGUUUCUGCUGACUAAUCAGAACUUAAUCUUAUUUUUUCCCAUCUGUAUGUGACUCUUCAUUUUUCUCAAGCUAUUCUCAGGAUUCUUUCUUUGUCUUUGGUUUGAGUGAGUGUGAUUAUGAUAUGCCUCAGUGAUUUUCUUUUGGGGUCUAUACUAUAUGGGGUUCACUGAGCUUCUUGGAUGGUCAGCUUUUUGUCUUUCAUACUAUUAGGGAAGUUUUUUGUUUGCAAUUCUUCAAUGAUCUUCUCUGUGUUUUCCAUUUUCUCCCUCUGUGCUGGAACUCUGAUCACUUGCAAAUUUUUCCUUUUGAUUACAUACUACAUCAUUGUCAGUGCUUGUUCGUUUUUUCUUCAUUCUUUAUUCUGCUUUUCCUCAAAGUGGUACCCAAGGAUUUGUCUUCAAUGUCACUGAUCCUGUCUUCCAUUGAUUCAGACUUGCUCCUCAAACCUUCUAUGAGACUAUCUAUUUCUGUUGUAAUUGCUUUUUGUGUAUGAUUUCUAGUUGUGAAUUUAUUUUGAUGUUUUGUUCCUAUAUUAUUUUCCUGAAUUAUUCCACUUUUUGUCUGCCUUGUCCAUAAUUUUGUCUUUUCAAUGAUUUUUUUUUUUAAUUUUAUCCUCACUUUUGUCUGAUUUUUCCUUCAACUCUUGAAUAGCCCUGAAUAUUAGAGAUUUUAAUUCACUAUCAGGUAAUUCUAGUGCCUUUUCUUCUACUGGAAGGUCAUCUGUUGUUUUAUUUUGGAUGCCUACUGGAUCCAUUCUGUCUUUUUUUAAAUAUGUUUUGAUAUUGUCUGCUCUCUUCUGGACAUUCAGUAGUUAUUUUUUUCAUUUAUUGAUUGUAGAUUUGUUUGUUUCAUCGUGCUUUUUUUGUUUUAUUUGGUUAUGUCAGAGAAGGAGGGCUGGGCAUUCUUUGUUGUUUUGCCUCGUCUGUGGACACAGUACUUCUUACCACUUCAUCCAGUGGACAGGGCCAGUCGCUCAGCUAUGGUGCAGCAGUGCACACCGAACUGAAGGGGAGGGGCUGGGAUGGGUCGUUUGUGGCAUGUACUUGGACCAACAGGGUGGGGCUGGGGCUCAGUGCAGGGUAGGUUUCAGUAGACCAUGCCUGUGCUGCUUGGAGGUGCAGUGCUCAGUGCAUGGUGCCGAUAGACAGGAGGGAUUGGGAGGUUGUGAUGUGUGGAGCUAAGCUGAUGUGGGAAAGGAGAGAAAGAGGCGAGAGAAGCAAGAACCAAAAAAAAAAAAAAAAAAAGUGCAGAGGGGGCCUGCCAUUGAAGUGCCAUGGACCCAGGGAACCCAUGUUUUGCUGGCUUUCUAUCCAGGUGGUGAAGCACAGCCCGUCAUGAAGGGACUGAUACGGCACAUGCUGCUAGAUGGGCAGGAGAAAGGAAAGGAAGAAAGGGGGAGAGAGAGAGAGAGAUAAGAAACUAGAUUUUAAAAAAAAAGGAGAGAGAAAACACGUGUGGCUAGGUGGUCAGGGGAAAAAAAUGGAAAGAAUGUAGAGAGAGACAAGAAACCAAGAAAAAAAAGGUGCCAGUUGGUUGGAAGGAAGGGAAGGGAGGUAGAAAGAGACAAGAAACUGAGGGAAAAAAGGAAGAAAGAAAAAAAUGUGCCCCAAGGGAUUUCACUGAAAGUGAGUCCCUAGCUGAGCGGUGCUGCACAGCCUGUCCGGAAGGAGUGGAGAUGUCAUACAGUGCCAGGUGUUCAGGAGAAGGGCAAGGAAGGGAGGCAGAGAGAGACAAGAAACUAAGAAAAAAAAAAGGGAUAAAGACAAGAAAAAUGCUUCAAGGGAGCUACCAGAAGUGGGUCCCCAGCUGAAUGGCACUGCAUAGCCCAUCAAGAAGGAGCAGAGAUGGUGCAUGGCACCAGAUGCUCAGAAGAAGCGUAAGGAAGGAAGAUAGAGAGAGAAGAAACCAAGAAAACAAUAAGAGAGAAAGAAAAAAUGCCCCAAGGGAACCCACCGGAAAGGGUCCCCAGCUGAAUGGCAAUGCACAGCAUGUCAAGAAGGCGUGGAGAUGGCACACGGCACCAGGUAUUCAGGAGAAGAUUAAGGGGGGAAGGUAGAGAGAGACAAGAAAUUGAGGCAACAAAAAAAGAGAGAAAGAAAAAAAAUAUGCUCCAAGAGAGCCCCCUGGUGUAGUGUCAUGGACCAGGGAAGUGGCUCCCCAGCUGCAUGGCACUGCAUAGCCCAUCUAGAAGGAACAGAGAUGGCACACAGUGCCAGGUGUUCAGGAAAAAGAAGGGAAGAAUGGUAGAGAUAAGAAAUCAAGAAAAGAAAAAAAAAAUUCCCAAGGGAGCCCACUGGCCUGGCAGCACAGACCAGGGCAGUGGCUCCUAAGCCACACAACACUGCACAGCCCAGCUAGGAAGGGCAGAGAUGGCACACAGUGCCAGGUAUUCAGGAAACAGGAAAGUAGAGUGAGAUGAGAAACCAAGAAAUGAAGAAAGAGGAAAAAAAGAAAAAAAAAAAAUGCCCCUAGGGAUCCCACCACCAUGGCAGCAUGGACCAGGGAAGUGGCUCAGCAACCGAGCAGUGCUUCACAGCCUGUCAAGAAGGAGCAGAGAUGGCAUGUGGAGCCAGGUGUUUGAGAGAAAGGAAGGGAAGGAGGUGAGAGAGAGAGAAGAAACCAAAAGAAGCCUAAAAAAGCAGCAACAGCAACAAAAAAAAAAUGACACUGAAGGAGCUGGCUGGCGUGGGUGGGACAAAUUCAAGCAGCAAAGAGCUGGUGCCUCCCUGGCUGAACAACCACAGCCCACCAGGAAAUGGCUGAGACCAAGCUGGGGGAAGCAGGGUUGAGGGGGUGGGAAAGUGUGUAUCCCUGAUACCUGAGUGCUCUGACUCCUACUAGCAGCUCCUUGAAGCUCUCUUCCAGUACUCCUUGCCACCUUCUCAGUGGCUAAAGAGUCCAAGAUGGCGAAUCCAUGUUGUUUUAGCUGAUAGGGGACCUCCACUCCGUAUCUCUCCUCAUUCCCUGUUCUGUGAGUUUCUUAUUCCAUACGGUGCUUGGUUGAGUUCUUUAUUUUUUCAUUUGACACUUAGGGUUUAGGAUUGAUGUUUGUCUCUGUUUUACUUAGUUUUUCAGGUCUUUGGUGUGGAGGGAUGGUAUGGUGCUUCUGUCUAUAGUGCCAUGUUGGCUCCUGCUGUGAUGUAAACUUUUAGAUAGAGUAAAUAGACCUUUGAACCAAAUAUAUUGAGAACUCUGCGUGUACAUUAGAAGUACAAAUUUGUACCAUCCUGUAUUAAUUAGUAAUAUAUCAAGAGGAAUCAUCAGGACAUGUUGAAUUUGAGAAUCUUAUGGCUGGAUAUGGCCUUAGCUAUCGUUGGAUAUUAGCGAUAGUACGGUGUAGGGAUUAAACACUUGGACUCUAAACUAGAGAGACUGGGUUCAAAUCUCAUUACUGCUCUGCUGUAUGAUCUCAGGCAAGUCAAUUAACCUCUCUUAUUUCUUCACCUGGAAAAUGUGACUAAAAAUAACCCCUACCUCAUAGGAUUAUUGUUAGGAUUUAAUAAGUUAAUAAAUGAAAAGUACUUAGAACAGUUCCUGGCAUAUAGCAAGCACUCAAGUAUUAGUUCUCAACCAUCGUCAUUAUUAUGUUAUCUAGUUCAAUUCCUUCCUUUUUUAAUUUUAAUUAUUAUAUUUUAAUAUGAAGACACCAAUGCCAUGAGUAUAUAAACUCAGGGUGUAUAAACUCUUCGUGGCAACACUGAGACCAGAAGCACUUUUUAAUUCCCACUUUAGGAUCUUUCUAUAGAACUAAGUUGCCCCGUGGCAUAUCAGCAUAGGAAGCAAUUUAAUAACUUGAUGACUUCUAGAGUCUGACAGACGAUUGAGAUUAUUGCUUCAUGUGGUGCUGUGGUUAAUUCAAGUCUUUUAGGCCCCUAACCCCAGCAAGGGAGAGUAUCUGGAGCUCCAGAAAGUACUAAGACUGUGCCACUUAUUGCACUUGGAAUCCAGUAAAGUGUGCAGAUAUGGGAAAAGUAUUGAGCUGCUGUGCAUUUUUCCAUGAAGCCAAAAUAUUUGUUUUUUCUCUUUUAAAUUUAACUAGGUAGUUCUGUAGAAAAGGUGAAGAGCCUUCUUGGUCCUUUACAUUCCUUUUGACCCCUGCCGGUAGAAAUCCAACAUUGUCCUCUCGUUCUCCUUGGAUUAAAACAAAACGAAACAAUAUAGAAUACCUAUAACCUUAUUUUAAAAAGUCAGUACUUACAAAUAUCUCAUUUGAAUCCGUGUGUCAAACUGUGGGGCUGUGUGCCAUCUUAAUUGGCAUUUUUCUUCAUAUAUUUGAAUCAGGCUUUGGAGAAACAAUAGGUCAAGAGGACGAAAACAGAAUUGCCAGGCUCAGCAGUAAGAUGCAUGCUGGGAACUUAGGCACUCUAAGUGUAUUUUAGAAAGGUUUUUCUCAAGACAUGUGACCAGAAGUAAGGACUUGUUACAUCACUUUUAGUGAGUGUCUUCGUCCUCUUAAGCAACCGCCCUUGAGGGGUAAAACACUGGUGUAGCAACGGAGAAUUAGAAUUGGUAGUUUAUAAUGAGAACUGAAUGUUUGGAUCCUUGUUUUUGUUUUUUUUUUUUAAAGUAGUAUUUUCCUAGGACAGUCAGCAUGGUGUGUAACUUGACGUUAGCCUUCUCAUUUCUGUGCUGUAGAUUAUCUGCCCUUAAAAUAGCUAAAACGAUACUGAUUUGUAUUCUGAAGAUGACCCAAGUCUUAACAGACGUUCUUCAAGAGAUUUCUGGGAAUCAGGUGAAAAUGGAGUUGAUCUAAAAGUUAUAUGUUGAAGCAAUUAAAUUAUUUAUUUUGUUAGUUAAAAAUUGACUUUUAAAUGAAGGACCUGAAACUUAUAAACUAGUCCUGUUGAUGUAGAGGGACACGCUCUGAUUUUUGAUGCAGAUAAAACACUAAAUCGUAUAAAGAGGAAGAUUUUACAAUUUAUUUCCUUAGGAUUGUUGAUGCCCAAAUGCAAGUUUUGACUAGGUCAGAUGCACUCAUAUUUUUCAUUCGUAGGUAGAUUUUUUAGAGUAUUUAACCUCUGUGCUAAUGUUCCUAAGUCUCAUUCAAGUGACACACAGCAAAUUGUGUAGAAAUACACUAAAGAAGAGGGGUGUUUAGGUAGAGACAGUGCUAGGAGGUGUCUAGUUUUGAAAAAUGGGGGGAACAGGGAGAAUGGCUUGAAACCAGGUCUGUUUUCUGAUGCUUGUUAAUUCCUUAGCUGCAAACAUCUCACGGAUGGGAGAAAAGGCACCUGGAGUGAAGACGGGGGUAGGGAGCACAUGAAGAGGUGAGGCGCGGGUUAACAGCAUUAUUUUGGUUCUUGCCUGUGAAAAAAAAAUUUGGUUAGAGGUAUCAGACAAAGAAAAACAGUUUUGUUUUGUUUUUUAAGGAAGAUUUAUUUAGGAGCAUUGAUUAUUUGUAAUUUCCCCUUCUAAUAAAAGAAGCAGGGGUGUCUGCUCUAGUUUCAGACCAAUAUUCUAUGAAACCUUGUCCUGUUUGCGGGGUAGCUGCUUCUGUGACUUAUUUCCGUUGCUGUGAUGCUAUGUACUAUAUGCGUUGCACCUGUUCGCACACACACAGUACAUUGCAUUGUGAUGUUUGUACAGAUAGAUGCUUCAGCUAAGAAGCCAGUUUGCCUUCUUCGUAGAGUACUAGUCUAUUAGCUACUUAAUUAAACUUAACUCGGCUUUUGUCUGCAAUUUUGCGUGUGGUCUGGGUUUAUUGACUGAACAGUGAUUUCUUCUUUGCAGUUAUCAGUUUUGUCGGAGAUCAGCUUUCCUAUUGUAUGGAGCCUAUUUCUUACAGAGCCUCCUUUAAGACUGCUCUGACUUUAAAAUCAUUACCAGGCUUUUGUCAGAGCAGAUUUGUUGACACUCACAGGAAAAAAAAAAAAAAAAAUUAAAAGACUGCUACAAAUAAGCUCUGCAUUUCACUAUUCCCUGCUAAUAUGCAAAAAAAAAAAAAAUGUAUUUAUGAUAAUUACAUGUACUAUGUGCCAGCACUGAAACAAUACAUGCCUCAUAAUGGAGCAUAAAUAAAGAAGGUGGAGCCAGCUGCUCUCCAACUGUUUAUUUGCGAGCAGUAAUGAUAUAGAGAAUAUACCUUUUUCACUCUGCUAGUCUGGCAAUACUGAACCUGUUGCUGCAAUAGACGAGUUGUAUUUUGCUGGAUAGGGGAAGGGCUGUCUGCUGUCUGGUAGGAGGGCUUUGUCUCUGCCUCUUUCUGUUUUUCUUUCUCUCUCUCUCUCUCCUCUUCUCUCUCUCACUCGCUUGCUCUGUCUCUGUCUCUCCCUCUCUCUCUCUCUGCCCCCCCUCUCCCUCCCUCCCUGUUGCUCUCUCUCUCUUCCCGUCUCUGUGGUUUGUAAGGUAGGUUGCAGUGUGUGUAUAUACACAACAUCAAGAGCAGGAAAAUGGACCCAUUAGGGAGGCAGGCAGUCAUUACCACUCACCCUGUACUUCCAGGGAGACACCGAUUAUGAGAGCAGAAACUCAGCGCUGGAGAAGAAGAGCCCAAAAGGAAUCAGCCCCUCUCACUCUUCUGAAACAGACCCCUCUAGUGUAAAGCCUGUAUCACCAGCCCAGUUUUCAGCUUGUUUUGUGUUUGCACUUAUAUACGCAAUAAUGAGGAUCAAGCUUUGUUAUUGAAGAUUGUUGACUACGUUUAAACACAAAAGAAGUGUUAAGAAUUUCCCCUUGAGACCCUGAAGACUGAAAGAGUACCUGAUAAAUUGCCAGCCUGUCUACGCCCCAUAGAUGGUCAGACUGCCUGAAGUUACAUGUAGAGGCUGAAAUCACCACACCUUAAAAACAAAAGAUUGAGCCGCGCUGCAUUCUGGUCCUACUUCUGGACCAGGGAAAGCGGCUAUCACUGAAGCUGACGCGGGACCCAGUGCAGAGCAGGGAGGAGUCAGAAUGUUUCACCGUCACUAACUGGAUACUCCUCACGACACUGCCGUCUGGUGCCGUGGAGUCAGUUCCGACUCCUAAGGACCCUCUGCACAACAGAACGAAACACUGCCUGGUCCUGCGCCAUCCUCACAAUCGUUGUUAUGCUUGAGCCCAUUGUUGCAGCCACUGUGUCAUUCCAUCGCGUUGAAGGUUAUCACCCAGAAAUUGGUGGAUCUGUGUCAGAAGGAGACCUGAGUGACAGACCCUGUCCCCACAUGCUGGGCUGAAUCUUCACUGCUGCUGUCCGGUUUCUGUGCAGCCCACACAAAUGUCCUAGAAUUCCUUGACCAUCAGUCUGUAGCCUGCCCUCUUCAUGUGAGGUCAUGUGGGCUGGAGCCUGUAGAAGAGAAAACUGGGCCUUGGGAGCAGUGACGUCUGACCUCCCACCCCAGCUCCAUGCACGCCUCUCCCCAGCCUCUCCGCAGUGCUUUGGACACACCUGGAGGAACAGUGGCUGUCGCCAGCAUUGUCACCGCAUUCCCUCUGGCUUCUGCUCAGAAAGGUUGGAGCUUGAGUGUUCAGCUCACCCACUCAAGUCACUUCCCUCAAGUGAUGCUCUGCAGUGGGGCAUGCGGAAGAGGAGGAGAGGGGUGGGAUCCGAGCUGGUGUCCACGCUUCAUUACAGCCUCUCCCAAAGCCUGGAUGAAACUGGACUGGCUUUCAGUCCCCCCUCCAAAGAUGCAUGCACACUGGACCCUUUCUAAUUCCUCCAGCAGUCCAUCUUUGAGACUGCACUGAUUCAGGACUUCACAGUAUGCAAAGCACUUCCACGGGGCCCAGCUUCUUUUAUCUUCACAACUUCAUCAGCUAGGGAUGGAUGGCUUUUCUUCUCAGUCGGUAGUGGUACAUUCUACCAUUUUGGUGGUACAUUGCCUACCAUUUUGCAGAUGCAGCUGCUCUCUGUUCCCUGCCCCAAUGAACAUCUGCACUAGGGCCAAGCCUUGGAGCGAUUUACCUGAAGAGUGACACCGUUUAUUUGGAAACUACUAUGAGGAAACUGAAGCCCAGAGAGGUGAAGUGAGGUGCCCAAGGCCACACAGCAAGUUAGAGGCACAGCUAGUACCAUAGCUCAAGUCUCCUGACUCCCAAUCCAGUGCUCCUCCCAUUACUCCACGGGUCCUGUCUCUAAGCUUCCUGACAAAUGCUAGAACGGAAGAAACCCAAGACAGCUGAAAACCAGAAGGCAUCUGAGGAGAAUGAGAUUACUCAGCCGGGUGGAUCCAGCGCCAAGCCGGGCCUUCCCUGCCUGAACUUGGAAGCUGUUUUGUCUCCAGACCCAGCCCUCAUCCACUCAACACAUUCACUGACAAACCCCCGCGCUCACACCGGGUCAUCUGAUUGUGACAUCAGUUGCAAGGGGAUGACCGAGCGCAUUCAUAGCAUCAACCUUCACAACUUCAGCAAUUCCGUGCUCGAGACCCUCAACGAGCAGCGCAACCGUGGCCACUUCUGUGACGUGACGGUGCGCAUCCACGGGAGCAUGCUGCGCGCCCACCGCUGCGUGCUGGCCGCGGGCAGCCCCUUCUUCCAGGACAAGCUGCUGCUGGGCUACAGCGACAUCGAGAUCCCAUCGGUGGUGUCGGUGCAGUCAGUCCAAAAGCUCAUUGACUUCAUGUACAGCGGCGUGCUGCGCGUCUCGCAGUCGGAAGCCCUGCAGAUCCUCACGGCCGCCAGCAUCCUGCAGAUUAAAACGGUCAUCGACGAGUGCACGCGCAUCGUGUCCCAGAAUGUGGGCGACGUGUUCCCCGGGAUCCAGGACUCGGGCCAGGACACGCCGCGAGGCACUCCUGAGUCAGGGACGUCGGGCCAGAGCAGUGACACCGAGUCGGGCUACCUGCAGAGCCACUCGCAGCACAGCGUGGACAGGAUCUACUCAGCGCUGUAUGCGUGUUCCAUGCAGAACGGCAGCGGCGAGCGCUCCUUCUACAGUGGUGCAGUGGUUAGCCACCACGAGACGGCACUUGGCCUGCCCCGUGACCACCACAUGGAAGACCCCAGCUGGAUCACACGCAUCCACGAGCGCUCACAGCAGAUGGAGCGCUACCUGUCCACCACGCCCGAGACCACACACUGCCGCAAACAGCCCCGGCCCGUGCGCAUCCAGACCCUGGUGGGCAACAUCCACAUCAAGCAGGAGAUGGAGGAUGAUUACGACUACUAUGGACAGCAAAGGGUGCAGAUCCUGGAGCGCAAUGAAUCCGAGGAGUGCACAGAAGACACCGACCAGGCCGAGGGCACCGAGAGUGAGCCCAAGGGCGAGAGCUUCGACUCCGGCGUCAGCUCCUCCAUAGGUACGGAGCCCGACUCGGUGGAGCAGCAAUUUGGGGCCGGGGCGGCACGGGAUGGCCAGGCUGAACCUGCGCAGCCUGAGCAGACCACGGAAGCCCCUGCGGAGGGUGGCCCGCCGCCGCACCAGCUAGAGACAGGCGCCUCCUCCCCAGAGAGAAGCAACGAGGUAGAGAUGGACAACACGGUCAUCACUGUCAGCAACAGCUCGGACAAGAGCGUCUUACAGCAGCCUUCGGUCACCACGUCCAUUGGGCAGCCAUUGCCAAGUACCCAGCUCUACUUACGCCAGACAGAAACCCUCACCAGCAACCUGAGGAUGCCUCUGACCUUGACCAGCAACACACAGGUCAUUGGCACAGCCGGCAACACCUACCUGCCGGCCCUCUUCACCACCCAGCCCGCGGGCAGCGGCCCCAAGCCUUUCCUCUUCAGCCUGCCGCAGCCCCUGACAGGCCAGCAGACCCAGUUCGUGACAGUGUCCCAGCCAGGCCUGUCGACCUUUACUGCACAGCUGCCAGCGCCACAGCCCCUGGCCCCAUCCGCAGGCCACAGCACAGCCAGUGGGCAGGGCGACAAAAAGCCUUAUGAGUGUACUCUCUGCAACAAGACUUUCACCGCCAAACAGAAUUACGUCAAGCACAUGUUCGUUCACACAGGUGAGAAGCCCCAUCAAUGCAGCAUCUGCUGGCGCUCCUUCUCCUUAAAGGAUUACCUUAUCAAGCACAUGGUGACACACACAGGAGUGAGGGCCUACCAGUGUAGUAUCUGCAACAAGCGCUUCACCCAGAAGAGCUCGCUCAACGUGCACAUGCGUCUCCACCGAGGGGAGAAGUCCUAUGAGUGCUACAUCUGCAAAAAGAAAUUCUCCCACAAGACGCUCCUGGAGCGACACGUGGCCCUGCACAGCGCCAGCAAUGGAACGCCUCCCGCGGGCACACCGCCAGCAGCCCACGCUGGUCCCCCAGGUGUGGUGGCCUGCACGGAGGGGACCACUUACGUCUGCUCCGUCUGUCCAGCAAAGUUUGACCAAAUCGAGCAGUUCAACGACCACAUGAGGAUGCAUGUGUCUGACGGAUAAGUAGUAUCUUUCUCUCUUUCUUAUGAACAAAACAAAACAAAAAGAAACAAACAAAAAAAGCUAUGGCACUAGAAUUUAAGAAAUGUUUUGGUUUUGUUUUUACUUUCUGUUUUUGUUUCGUUUCAUUUUGUACUACAUGAAGAACUGUUUUUUGCCUGCUGGUACAUUACAUUUCCGGAGGCUAGGGGGAACAGUUCGUUUUCCCAGUCUCCUGCGGAUGGUGGCCUUAAGGCCCGGUAGUGCUUCAGGAGGUCCACUGGUUGGAUCUCUAGCUACUGGCCUCUAAAUACAACCCUUCUUUACAAAAAAAAUCUUUAAAAAAAAAAAAAGUAAAAAAAAUUUUUUUUUCACUUGUGAAGAGCACUACAAAAAUCUAUAACAAAAUCUAAAAGGCCUACUGUCUCUAAGUACACCGCUUGCAGUGUUUCCGUGGAUGUUCUCACAAUUCUGGCCGCUUGGACUUCACAGUAACCAGUGGUAACUGUGGAAUAUCCCUUCUGGUUGAAAACCCAGGGGAAAGGCCCUGCUGUUGUCCACCUACCACGUUGUCUGAUUUCAUGAAAGGGCUGUGGGGGUGGUGGGAAGGGGCAGUGGAUGCGGUGGUGUGGGAAAGGCAAACGGCAGGCUUCCCUCCCAGAUUCCGCUCGAGCCCACGCCCGGGCCUGCCUCCUCAGUAUCCCCCGCCCCUUCAGCAGAAGCCAGGAAGACUUGAACAAGCAACAAGCAACAGUGGCUCUCGUAUUUAUUCAGUGUCUUCGCUGAGGCCCAGCCUCAGCACAAUCAAGAGGGACUUUCAUGAAAGGCAGGAAUGCAGAUAAAACAAAGAUAUCAGAGGUUUGCACCUACGUUUCUAGGUACAAAAGAAGGAUUAUUUCCAACAAUCUUUGCAAAAAAAAAAAAGUGUCAGGAUAUAUUCUUGUGGAAGAGAAAAAGAAAGAGAAAUGGAGGGCGGGGGGAUUAAAAAAAGUUCUUGAGGCUUUUUUAAUUCAAAAUUUUAUAGAGGGGCGAAAGUGAUGUUUACCAGAUAGAAUGCUGAUUUUUUUAAUAUAUUUACAACAGUAUUUGUGUAAAAAAAAAAAACAAAAAAAUGAGAUUGUUAAAAGUAACUUUUUUUUUUUUUUUUUUUGGUUUUGCAUACACUGCCACCAAUCCCUUCUAUUUUAUUUCACACACGUAUAUAUUUUUUGGUAAGUCAAGACUGUUAAGGUUAGCAAUACUGCUUCCAGAUAGAGAGAAUAAAAGGCAACUAAAGUUAUAUUUGAAAGAGAGGAAGGAUAUUUUCUUCAUAUUUUUUUUUAAUUUUUCUUAAUUUCUAUUAUUUUAAGUAUUGCCUGGGUUGAUAAGGGCUUUCAGUGGCCCGCCCAUCCCUGCUGUAAUUUGAACUGCUGCUUUGUAUUUUGAUAUGUAGUUUCUUGACUCGUAGCAAGCUUAAAUUGCUCCACUGAUUUUUUUUUUUUUUUUUCCAAAUGACCCAUCUAGAGUUUCUUUUCAUCAGAGGAAUGCUUAUCUUUCAGAAACAGAUUUCUUGCUUCUCCAAAAGUUCAUUGAGAUCUGAUGAUUCUAGAAUUUCUAUUAACUUUACUCUUUUCUUUGAUGAAACACUAGUAGUCUAGAGGUCUUGACAAGUGAGUUCUUUUCUUUUGUGGUCAGCCAGGAGGAGGUGUUCACAGACCUCCUCGCCCUUCACAGCUGUUUAAGAGAGCGUCCUUAUCAGAAGCCAGUUACAGAUCAAGGUGCGUUGAUGCCAAAAUUACUUCCUUCCCUUCAAACUAUCACCUUCAGACUAUCUCCGCCAUGAAUGGGAAGGCACAAUAAGAUGACCAUUCUUUGGAUGAUUUCUUAACCUUUGCUUUUUUGGAAAGGUUUUGGGGCAAUGAAUAAAAAUUCAUUUCCCCAACCAUUGCAUCAUCCCUGAUGCCACUCUCUCUCCCUAGUUGGGAUUUCUCUCCUCGGUCCCAAUCAAGAUGUCAUAAUAGAGAUUUUUCCACAAUAGACAGUGUCCUGAAGGGAUCCCAACUCAAAUACAGGAAUUCUUAAACCAAACUGAAACUCUGAAAAUGAUUUCAUUGUUGGGUAUAUUUUAACACGUUUAAGGGGGUAAAAAGUCUGUCUUGAAUUAGAACAGAAACACCAAACUAUAAUUUUUUAAAAAAUGAAGAAAAAAAGAGAGUAUUUUAGUUUCGAAAUGACUUUGCAUUUUAAUUUAAUUUUCCUUCUAAUUUUCUUGUCAGUAUUUUAUUUACAAAAACUGUGCAGCAAACGAGGGAAAAUCUUCCAAGGCAAGCAACUCUAUAAUGACUAAGUUGGUUCUAUUCAUAAUUUUAGACAUUUGAUUAACUUGGCUCUCUUCCAGGUGUUUUUCAUGAUGUAUAAUAGGGUUAGAGCAACUGGAGUAUAUGUGACUUUGAUUUGGUCUUAUGGUCCUUAAGUCAAUAGAUACUUUGCUAGAAGUGUGAAUAUAGUUUUGGAAGGUUACUUGACUAUGAGUAUCAUCAGCGUGAUUUCUAAGAGGAGUUUUCCAAGGAUUGUGUGUCCAGAGUUGACCUGUUCUAAAAGUUAGUGGAAACCAGCUUCAGAAAUAAGAAAAAGCCCAUUUCUCUACUGCUAAUUUUGUUUUUUUUAAUUCCGAUGUUGUAAAACUCUAAUAUUUCCACUUAGCACCGAUAGAGGGAGCAUUAGUUAAUUAACUAUGUCAUGGAAUUGUUUUGAUGUUUAAAAAAACAAAUCAUUCAACCGAUGAAAUAAAAAAAGAAAAGACUGAAAUUCACCAAUUAAGAAAUCGUUCUUAAAAUCUAGAGGAAAAUGGCAUAAAAUCACUCAGCCACUCAGCAUAUGUUACAAACAAAAGAAGGCCCAAAGCCACUGUAAAAUAUUUUUAACGAUUUGAUAAUAGCCCCUUUAAAAUAGUGUCUUUAUUCAAACCUCAGCAAAAUUGGCAGGAUUUAUAAUACUUCCAGAAAAGAAAAUCUUGGGUGCCGUUGUGGGCCACGUUUAGCUAUCUGCUUCUCAAAUCUGAAGAAGACCCAUUUGCCGUAAUGCUGAUUGGUCAUAUAAAAGGCUAAGCAAUUGCGUUAAAAUCCACCUUUUGUCAUAAGACAUGUAGGAGAAAGUUCCAGAUGGGUUUGAGACCCCUAAGGUUCAUCCAUUCCCUGCAAAGGAGGUUAUCUCUCUCUGUUUUUUUAAUUCUUGGUAAGGAGAUAAAAUACUGUAGUCCAUGACAGUAUGACUUGUUCCUACUGUGUGUCUAUUCCCCCAAAACAUCUCACAGCCUAAAGUAGUCACCGGAUUGUUCUCUGGAGAGAGGAAGGAGCUAGAUUGGAGUGGGGCACUAUGUGGUGGGUGGCGGGGCGGGGGGAAGCAGUGAAGUUGUUGUGGGGCUGUUACUGUAUGUCCUGGCCUCUGAAGGAGCUGCUUUCCAAACCAACCAACAUUUUAAAAAAGUAAACCAGUCUGUACCUAUUUUGAAAGGAUAGAGAUGUUUUUAGACUGGUAAUACUUACCACUGAAAUUAAACAAUCACAAACACCUUAGGUAGUGUAGAAGCUUGGAGAUCAGAUGACAAGCAUGGAUCCUUUCUUUCUAUUGGUUUCAAUUCCAAACAACCUUCUUAUGUUUAGAACUUCAUGCUAGAAUACUGUGAGUGCUAAAAUCUUUUUUGUUCUGUUUUGUUUUUUUCGGUAUCCAGGAAAAAAAGAUAAAUAGGAAGCAAAUAUUCCAGAUUUAAGACCUCUUAGAAAGAAUACAGGAGACAAGAACUGGUAUGGAAAGUAACUUUUUUCUUUUUGAGCAGUUUCUGAUUUAAAAACUAAAUUUGUUUAACAAGAAAAAGGAAAAAGGUCAAAGAGAAAGGAUUGUCUCAAUAGAGUUCAUGAAGAAUAAAAUUUACUAAUACUAAAAACAUUGUAACAUCUCAGAGUGGUGGGCAAUUUUCUUUUUCUAUUAAAUACAAGGUACAAAACAAAACAAAAAAAAAGCCCUCAAAUGGGUAAACUAUAACCCUAAAAAUGAAAGGAAUUUAGAACAGGAUCUGAUAUAAAACCUGUACAUACGGGAAGAGUGAGAAAUAAGCCAGGCAAACCAAUCUGUUGAGUGAAAGUCUCUGUAUCAGAUAUUUUUUUUUUUCACUAUUUACUUUAAUUGAGUCCUAAUGUUUGCUCCUUGUAAUGGUUUUACAGAAUUUUCCCUCCCAAAAUUCCUAAUCUCUUUGUGGCAGGUCAACUCCCAAUGAGUAAGCAUGGUGGAUAAUUUCCUGCUCUUGUUUCGGCUGCAGUCCAUUGCUUCUUCCCAGCCAUCUUGGAUGUCACAGUAGCUCCUGGUCUUAGAAAGACGUGGGUUUGCUUUGUUUAAAAGUCCUAGGGGUUUUAUUUUGUAUCAUCACAAUAUUCUAUAAGGAACAUGAACACCCUUUCUCAGCUCGUGAAUGGUGGAAAUUCGUGUGUUCUGAGAAUGUAAAGGUUUAGGUGUCCUCCAGGUGUGGUUCUCUCAUGUGAGUCCUGUUGCCUUGACCCAUGUGUGUACUUCUGUCUCACAAGCACACCAGGGGUCUGUGCCCAGCCCUACUCCACACCAGUGGUCUCCCUCAGCGCAGAAGUUGAAAAAGGCUAUGUGCCCUCUACAAAACCCCUCAGAUCCCUGAGACAACAUAAGAAGGGCUCAGGCUGCUUUCUUGUCGAGGCUCCUCCGUAAUGCUCCCAACACCUGCUGCCUUUCGGAAAGGCAAGAUUGAGGUAGAUCUGGUGAGGAUUCACUGUGCCUGCUCUGAAACGUCCCACUCUGGUUGGAGGAGAGGUUAUUUCAUUAGCUGGGGCUCGGAGCAGUAGGAUAUGUGAUUCUGCAGAAAAGGUUUCAUAUAUCCGCCCGCCUGCCUCUGCUACAGCCAGUGUGCUGCUCCAGCGACAGGAAACACAAUGAAGGUGCAACAUCAGAGCAGACCCAACCGGAGAUGGCCUGGGGACUUAGAACAGGAGAAAACCCUUUCUGCUGUGACCUGACUCUUAAAAUAAAUCUUCUAAAAGCAUUCUUUAAUUUAAUAGCGAGUUGAAGUCCAGCUUAAUGGAAGCCCUAGGAGAGAGAACAAAAGGAUUGAGAAAUGUAUUUGGCACCCAAUAAUGCUAAACCAAAAACACCCAACUACAAAAGUAGGAACUUGGGCAAGAGGUAUUUAGAGAAAUCUCUAGGCUUUUCCAUGGUUAGGGUCGACAGAUUUUGUUUUGAGUGAUUCUGGCUGGCUCUUAGAAACCUCUUUACUCACAAGAAAAGAACUUUAUUUAAAUAGCCAAUUUUGACCUCCAGAAAAAAAAAAUUUAAAAAGAAUAAUAGAACACUAAAGACAGAACCACGUGACUUGGUGACAAACAAAAGGAAUGGCACACUUGAAUUUCAAUAGACUCCCUAAUUCCAUAGUAAAAGCAAGGUGACCCAAUGCCUCCCAAGCCUGGGAGACAGUCCAUCUGCAGUGCCUGUAGAAAGAGCGAGCUGACUCAGCCACUGGGCUUUCUGGGCUAGACAGAACUUUGAGGCUGGGAAGACAGCAGCUUCUUUCUCCUCUCUAUGUUUUCAUGAAAGAAAAGGGCUGUUCUCCUAGGUGCCCAGGAAAUAGAUAAUGUGGGGUAAACUUUUCAAAAGCCAUCUCUACCCUGGUGCUCAGGCUGCAUAAAGAGAUGAAAAGAAGGACUCAAGAGAGCUUUGGCUCUAGAAAAGAAUAUUUUCAUGUUCCCAAGGGCUGUCUGUAUAGAGUUGCCAUUUCUGAUAGUGCUUAAACCUACACAAGAGGAAAGGCUGUAGUGACUUAGUGUUCCUGUAAACAUACAACAUGGAAUUACUAACCCGAAGCAUCACUCUAGCACUAGGUAUCAAAGUGACCAGCCUGACCAAAAUACCCCAAAGAUUUUUCUAGGUCUCUGAAGAUUUUUCCCCCUUGGACACUGAAUCUAUAGCUAGGUUGUCUGGUGACAUCACAUCAGCAGUGUACAACAGCAGAUCCCAGAGAAUGGUUGUAAGACAAUAGAGUUUGUUACAGUUCUUUCUAGAGGGAAGAAAUAGAUGAAGGCUGCAUAGUUUGAGUUCCUUUUCAGAGCUAUGUGUUUCCGUUUCACUGAACAAGGGUAAACAGUAUCUUGCAUCACCACCAACCAAAACACCUGCCGUUCCAGUAGUUUCUUCAGGCCCAGCCUGUUGUUCCAUAAAUUGAAUACUUGCAGACUGAAAUAUAAACUGAAGUGACUUCAGUUAGGAUCUUUUCUCAAGAAAAGAAUUAUUGCCUUAAAUCAGAAAGCCCAGGAAAGAGGACAGAAGAUAAGGUAAUUGGAAAGGUGUUAAGACAUGGGCAUUUCUUGCUUUUUAAUGGUUGCGUUAUUGCAAAAAUAAGUCAUGAGAACCAUGGAAACAUAACUUUUGGGAGAGGCACCAAACUUGUCCAGAACUGGCUGCUCUCAGAAGGUGGCUGCAAUUUCCUGUCUAUUCUAUUUCAGUGACAUAGGUCUGAGCUGUGCAUAAAGCAAGCAUCAUAUUAGCUGAAGAGCGGAUCCCGUAAAAUGAAUCACAAGUGCUUGGGAUGCCAAUGUUAAACCUGUCCUUAACAGGGAACACAAUCGCAACAAAAGCCUUCUUCCUUGUACAGUAUGUAUUUCCUCAGUUUCAAAGAGCAUCUGGGUUAUUUGGUGGUUCUUUGUUUAAAUGCAAAGUCACAGCUUUCAAGUCUUCAGUUAAGGACCAUCAUCUGCAGGUCAGAGGCAACUCCAGUCACAAGUAUGGGAGUCCCAGCUUUUGAGAUACCUAAAUAGGCUGUUAAAAGUCCGUACUAGCCCUCUUUCAAGUUCAGAGGUUCCCUUGGCUCAAAAUGCCUCAAUGACAUUCUGAUGUACCUGAAACAUAAAUAAAUAACCCUACAGGAGACAUCCAAGUCUACUCCUGAUGCCACAGAAGGUUAUUAUUGCCCAGCCCAAAUCGUGGGAAUUUAUAUGUAGAUUCCAGUCAUGACAGGGACUGACCCCGUCUAGGUCUAGUGUCUCAGCUGCUGUCCCAGAGGAUCUGUAUGAGUAUACGUCACACAUGUACUC